GAGUCAAGAAUAAAAUUGCAGGUCAAACAAUGGAUGACUGGAAAAGUCGACUUGUAGUCAAGAGCAUGCUUCCCCAUUUCGCCGUGGUGGGAAAUCGUCAGGAGCCCAGAAAGCUCCAGGAAUCGGCACAGGGAACCACUAAGCGGAGACAGGAAGAAGAUUUCCAGCUUUCAGGCAUGGGUGACGAGGGUUACCCUAAUAAAAUCAAGAGACCAUGCCUUGAGGAUGUCACCCUUUCGAUGGGCCCGGGUGCCCAUCCCAGCACAGCCUGUGCACAGCUGCAAGUUCCUGCGUUACCUGUGAACCCUAGCUCUGCAGCAAUGGCAGCCCCUGGCCAUCCGUUACUACUGGACAAUAGCCCCAGGAAUGGCAGCGUCAUGGGCCCACCAUUUGCAGAGCCACCGACAGCAGAAAUGGGAGUGAAAGGCUCCUCUAUUCCUUACUAUGACAAAACCAACGACGCACCGGCUGUGGAUCAGGAACUUCAAGAUCUGCUGGAGGAGCUCACAGAAAUUCAAGAAUCUUCUCAGAGUGAGCUCGAUCUUGAGAAAAUCCUGGGGAGCAAGCCAGAAGAACCGCUGGUCUUACACCACUACCCACCGGCAACCUUAGGUGCGACUGCCAAGCCCACAGUUCAGAUGCCACGCUUGGAGGGCCUCAGUUCCAGCAAGGACUUUGCUUCAAGUUGCAGCCAGGUCACUGGGGUGUCGCUUCAGAUUCCGCCUUCCUCUGCGGGGCUCAGCUAUGCAGUUACGCCUGCCAGUAAGCAGAUGGCCUCCCCAAGUUCCUCGACCGUGAAGGCCAAGAAUCAGGCCCAGGCGACACUCUCAGCUGCCCUGCCGCCACUCCCAGUAUCUCAAUGGCAUCAUGCCCACCAGCUGAAAGCGCUGGCAGCCAGCAAGCAGGGCUCCAGUAAGAAGCAGCUCGGCCCCACCACCAGUUGGUCUGCCCUGCCUCCUCCCGGCCUCUCCCCGCCUUACCAGCCGGGGCCCGUGGUCUCACCACAGCCGCUGCCACCCUUCAGCCCUCAGGGGCUCAUGGUGUCCUGUAUGUCAUCGAGCAGCCUGCCGGGGAGCACCCUCCAGGGCUCUCCCAAUGCCUCACUGUCCAGUCUGGCGCCCAGCAGCAGCACCGUCCUCGGGCCGGCCAGGCCCUACGCGCCAGAGAAGUUCCCUAGCUCCACGCUCCAGCAGCCACCACCAUUGAGCGCGCAGACCUCCAUCCUUGCCAACCUGGUGUCCUCUACCAUCAAACACCCUCAGGGGCACGAGAUGUCUGCUCUGCCCACCAGCAACACGGGGCCCUUAACCCCCUAUCGUCCAGAGACGCUGUCCAGCCCAGGCCUGCCCCAGCAGUCCUUCACUGCACAGUGCCCCCUGGUCCAGGGCAUCACCACCUCCACUCAUCCGCUCUGCCAGCCGCAGCCACCAGCCAGUGCCAUCUACAAGCCCCAAACCCCGAGCAUGAUCAUGCAGCAGGGCCUGACCAGCCCCAGCCCGGGAGCCUCAGAGCCCUUUCCUUUUGGCCACACCAAGCCCUUGUCACAUUUCAUCUCUGAGCCAGGCCCCCAGAGGAUGCCAUCAGUGCCCACCACAUCUCGGCAGCCUGCCUUGCUCCACUACCUGCAGCAGCCCACGCCACCACCGGCCUCUUCUGCCACGGCCUCAUCCACGGCCACAGCCACCUUGCAGCUGCAGCAGCAGCCGGAUCUUUCUUCGUUCCUCCUGCAGCAUGUGACGCAGCAACCGCAGCGCUUUCAGCGGUCUCUGGCCUCGGAUUCCAUGCCUUCUCUGCCCAGACAGGCAUGUUGCCAACUGUUCUCGUGGACUUCCGUGGCUGGCUCGAUGGAGCGCCAGCUGAAUCAGCACUGGAACCCUUACCCUAUCAGGCAGGAUCCUCAGCCUGGAGCCGUGUCACCAUCUAAGAUUCGAGAGAAGCAGAGAUCAGGUCUUAUGGCAAUGACCCCUGAACAGCGCAGUUCACGUAUCACCCAACGGAUGAGUCAAUUUCAAGCCAUCCAAGGUCAAGUCAUCUCCAAGUGUAGCCGGACCAAGGCAAGCUCCCUACCCAGCCAGCGCAUGACACCACCCAGAGCUGGGCUCCUUCAUAGCAGUCUGAGUACAGGAAUGGCCUCACCCAUCAGGCAGCAGAGCCAGGAGACCAUGCGCAUGUUCUCACCAACCCCCCGCGGGCAGCAGGGGAUUUUCAGCUUCAGCCCCCAGUUUCCCACACCUCCACAAUUGGGCCACAACCCCCCGGGCAGCCUUGGCUCCAUCUACCAGCACAUGGGGAUGCCCAAUGCUGCUCCUGCAGGAGUGCCCCUGCCUAGAUUCUGUCCCAGCCCCCAGGGCAGCCAGGCCCUGGGUCCUCACCAGCUCAGACAGCCCCAUAUAUCAGGAAUGUCCACCGUGCUCCACAGCACUGCCUGGGUGGUGACAGCAACAUCUCUGCACACCCCAGUCUUGAGGGAGCCACCCCCGAGCCAAGCAGCUCAUGGCAUGCAGCAGCAUUAUGAUACCCGCGCCAUCUUUACCAAGACCCUUGUGACAACCUCCCUGGAAGCCCCAGUGUUUCCCUUGCAGCAGGCAGUUGUGUCCCCUAGUCAGGUGGCCCCAGAAGGCAGACCUAGCCGGCAGGCGGGUGCUGCCCCCGCCAAGCCCAGCUCCAGCCGGCUGGGCAAACAGAGUGUCAGAAAGAGCCCAGUGCAGGGCCCCGUGCCCACACCACAUGCCACCAAGUCCCUCCAGCAGGGUAUGGUCAGCUUCGGGCCUGAGAGUCCCAUCCAGGCCAUUGAGCCACCAAGCUCUGUGGCUGCUGCUGCUGCCACCUCCAUUGUGGCUGCCGGCCAGUCUCAGGCCAGUCCCUGUGACAGAACAGGGAACCCCUCUGAGUCGUUGUCCCAGUCCCUACUGGACGAUCUUAUUUCACUCCCUGAAUGUUCUGGAGUGGAUUUCAUCGACGCUUUCAUGGAUUCCACCGAGAGCCCAGAUGAAGACUGGAUGGGCAACCUGAGGCUGAUCAGUGGCACUGUAGAAGACCAGGCUGCUGACGAGGGUGCUGAGGCCCAGAGUGCAGGUGAUGUCCCCAAGAAUGCUGACAAGCUUUAAAUACCCUAGAAACCUCCACGUGGCCAUCACCCUGGGGAGUGGUGUGAGUCCAUAGCAAAUUUACCACUGGCCCCACAUAGCCACAUGCUUAUUGCCUCAUUACAAUUUGAGGGGCGGAAGCCCACACCCAUCCCUCUCUCUACCUGUGACAAAAUGGAAAUCUGGUGAUUUUUUUCAAGCUACCUGUACAUAUCUGAAAAUUUUGUACAUGGUUUUCCUAAACGUUCAUGACAGAAGUGUUUAUACCGCGUUUUGUGAGUUUGUAAUUAAGACAACGGCUUUCGUUUCAGCAGAGUUGUGUUUAUUAUGUCAUUGUCCGUGUGUAUUCUACAUUGUUCAAAUACGCAGACUGUGUUGUUCACUCCAGCCAUACCUUAUCAAACCAGGUGGCUGAGUUGCUUAUGCUUUUGAUGCAGUGGUGGAUGUGACCAAGAGGUGUUGUGCAAACUGACAAAUGCCAAAUAGAAACUCACUUGGCCAUCUAUUUCCAUUUCCACUAAAACUUCUAUUGCCCAGUGUGAUUCUUAAUGUCUUUUGCAAACCUUGCAGCAUCUUCUAGCUCUUUCCUGAUGAGCCUGUUACAGCACAAGCCGUUUUAUCAUUAAGUAGCCUGCAGAGGAAUUAUUUGCCAGGAGGUAGAGAGUUCUGGAGAUUUGAGAGAAGCAAAGAGAGAGUUUGUGAGCUGGGCAUCUCUGAGGGUUCUACCCGUUAUCACUCAGACAGUUUGCACUACUCUAACGGGCACCUUGCAGGGUGGAGGCAAGAUGCUCCUGCUUUAAGCCCUUUCAGUAUUUGUUCUGAUGUAAAGCUCUGUGGUCUGGGGGGAAAGUGAGUCUGUAAACAUGAAUAGUUGAUUUGGGUUUUGUCACUGAUGUUUUCUACUUGCAGUUAUCAUCAUGUAUGUUUAAGUGUCUGUUACAGGAAACCCACACCCACUGUCCUGUAAACUUUUGUCAGUGUCCAGACUCUGUGUAAUGACAUUUUAAUUGCCACCUGGUAUUUUGCCUCUGCAUUUGAAAUCUGGCAUCUGUUUCAAGCAAGUGUGUUUUUUUCCUUCGUUCUGUAAUAAACAAGAGAAAAGUA